AUGACGCAACCAGGCCCGAGGCGGUUUGCUCCCUUGAAGCAAGGAGCAGGCCAGACAAGGAAUCUGCCCAAACUCAAAGGGGUCGUCUUCGACGUCGACGGUACGCUAUGCAAACCUCAAAACCACAUGUUUGUGGAAAUGCGUGACGUUCUGGGGAUACCGAAGUCGAUCGACAUCCUGGAUCACAUCUACUCCCUCUCACCGGCCUCCAAACAGGAAGAGGCAAUGGAGUCCAUCCGGGCUAUCGAGAGAAGAAACAUGUCCGAACAGAUAGCCCAACCGGGCCUCGCGGCCCUCAUGGCCUACCUCGACUCGCGCUCGGUCCGCAAGGGGAUCUGCACGCGGAACUUCGACGGGCCCGUGACGCACCUGCUGGGCAAGUUCCUGCCGUCGUCGGUCUUCGAGCCCAUCAUCACGCGGGACUUCCGGCCGCCCAAGCCGGACCCGGCGGGCAUCCUGUUCAUCGCGCGGAGCUGGGGGCUGAGCCGCCCGCUGUCCGACAUGAGCCGGGGGCGGGCCGAGGAGCUCAAGGGCUUGGUCAGGGCGAGCGACGAGGGGGCGGGCGUCAGGCGGGGCGCGCUCGCGGAGCCCGAGGAAGGUGGCAACGACCAUGGGGACGGGGAGGAGAUCGGUGACGCGAGAGGGUUGAUCAUGGUGGGAGAUAGUAUCGACGACAUGGCGGCGGGCCGCAGAGCGGGCGCGGCGACGGUGUUGCUCGUCAACUCCGCGAAUGAGCAUCUGGCCGAGCACGAGGAUACGGAUUUGGUGAUCAGGAGCCUGGAUGAGCUGGUAGACAUCUUGGAGGACGGGUUCGUUGGACGUGUGAUCUCAUGA